AUCCAAUUAUUUUUAAUUCUACGAAAAAGAACAAAGACGCCAAGACGGCAAAAAGAUUUAGCUUUUCUCAAGUAUUUCAAAAUGAAUGGGUAGGACGUUUUGUCCAACGACCAGCCAAGGCAGCAAAGAUAUCAAUUAAACGCAAACGUCUCUAAACCUUCUCCCCCUCCCCCCUCCCCAAAAGAACUUCUAAACUCUCAAAAUCGAGUAUUUCUCUGAAACAAAAUAAAACAAAUAAUUGAAAAAGCGCAACCAUCGCUAUCGUCGGGGUGUUGAGCGUCUCGCGUUACGCCACUGAUCGAGAAUCAGAGGGCAAUGCAUGUCGAGUUAGCGUACGCGAGCGAGUUCGACCACCCUAACAUUCCUCCCUAACACAGUGUGGCUGUGAUUAAAGUAUAGGUGUGGUAGUGUCGGGCGUCGUUCGAAUUAAACGGAGCAAUACAUCGUUCAACCACCCCUUCACUGGCAAGCGGGUGGAAACGACAACGUGUUAGUGACUCUGUGGGUGUACACGGGCACCGAUUGCUGGUGGUAGGCAGGUAACACGAAGGUAAAUCGGUGAAAUGGCAGUGGUGGUGAACGAUCGUGUCAGAGGGCAAUGGAUGAAGUUAGUCAGUCGGCGUUUGCUCGCGCCGCCACCACGAUGGAAGUUCAUCCAUCGCGCUUACGUUUCGAUCUUUCGUAUGAAUCGUAAAUGGGUCGAAAUGUAGCCUCAGAGGCGAUUGCCAGCAUCGGAAUGUCAGGAUCCGAAAAACCGAUCAGACCGAUCAGACAAUUGUCCUUGCAACCACCUGCGCUUCGUCGUCAACAAAUUAGACGACAAAGAUCCGCGGAGGAUGACAAAUCGUUGGAAAUCUGCGCGAGUCCCUUCGCACGUGGCAAGCGUGGAACGAGCGGUAAAUCCGGCUCUGAGAGACCUAAGGUUCGCGUUGCCUGGAAGGAAAACCGCCAAAAGAAUGACGAAGAACUUGGGCAAGUUGAAGUGGUGGCUCGUCAAAUUCCUGGACGAUCCAAAUCGACCACCCGAAGGUCAAGGGAUUUCGCGGGAAUGGACAAACCAACGAUCCUUUAUUCGAGAUUAGAACUGGCCGAGAGGCUGAGGCUUGCUUGGAAAAAUCGCGAGAAGAAUAAAGCCAACAUUAACAUUUUUCUUGCCCGUGAAACCGUGGAUGAAAGAUGCGAGUCUGAAAUGUCCAAUCAUACUACGACCACUGUCCCAUCAUCUCCUAUACGAGAAAACAACGAGGCUAAAAUCGAAAUACCUCUUAACGACUUUAAAAUGCUGGACGAGAAAGAAGAAAAAGAAGAGGAGGAGCUUAUUACUAACAAAUUAACGAGACUUUUAUCAGAGAACAACGAUACGAUUACUUCGAGGAAAAGCGACAGAGAAUUGUCGCUUCUGUCUCUACAAUCCUCCACUGAAACGAAGCAGGUUCUACAAGAAAGCAAGGUCUCUGUAAAUAUGAAGAAUAUGGAACGAGAAGAGGCUGACGUAGAAAAGGAACAAUUGAACGAGGAAACAUCGAGGGACUCGAACAUCGACGAUACCAAUACGAAGAGAAAGUCGUCGGCAAGCAUCGACUGUUCGCAUUAUCGCGUUGCAAACACAACGUUGCCGUCGAUCAAAAUCGAAAACUCGACCCUGGCAGUUACGAAAGCGUCGAAGGAGGAUUUUUCAUCGGCGAAACAAAAGCGUGCGAGCUUUCAUAGCGGUACCAACCGAGCCUUCCUCGACCCAAUUAGAUCGUCAACGGAGUUCAGAUGGAAUUCUAUGUCGGAUAAAAACGUACCGCACAAAUCGUCGAUCGAUGAUCGUACCGCUACGGAGAAAGAUACUUCAGCCGGAGCGAUCGUACAGAGCAAAGAGAACGUUACGAACAAAAGGGGCGCGUCGGAGGAAAACCUGAUCGAGUUUCGCUGUGAUUUGGUCAGCGAGAAGAACGUAACGCCAAAGAUGGCUGCAAAUAGUAAAUUGAUUCGCGUAAGUGAGAAAAACGCGCGGGUUAAAGCGACGAUCGAAAGCAGAGACGCUUCGGUAGACGAUAAGACAACGACGAUCCAGAGAACAAACGAGGCGGAUCGAUUUAAUUUGAUUAAAAAGACUCCAUCGACUAGCACCGUAACCGAGGACAAAGAUAGUUCUACGAUCGACAAAGCUACGUUUUCGAGAAAUUCGUCGGAAGUGAGAUGCAGCUCGGUGAACGAGAGGAAUCCACCUUCGAGGAAGACGAUGGAAAGCCAGAAGAUCGAUGGAAAAUCGAGAAGGACCUGUUCUGCGCCUCCGCAGCGACGUUUCGAAUCAACUUCGGGGAAUAAUCGCGUUCAGAUUAACAUAGUGAUUGAUUCAUCGGGGAAGAACAAGAAUCAGGGCGAGCAAGAUAUGGAGUGUAAAGAUAACGCGAUAGAAAAAAUAGAUACGACUUUGACGAAGAUAUCGUCAAAUCGAGCGGUGAGAUCGGCGCCAUCGAAGAGGCGAUCCAGAAGCGCGAAAAGACGAUUCUGGGGAGGAAGCAACUCGAAACACGAAGAAGAUGGAAAAUCACGGAAUAAAUCGGCUGGCCGUGUAAGGAAUUCGAUCGACUCCAGAACGAUGGACAUCGUUACAAUGGUAUCCCUUGUUAGCUCUGCAGACAGCGAUAGCGAUACCGAGAAUUCACCCAGAGACGAUAAGUUGAUCGACGAGCUACGCAGCAAACUACCUACUACAUCAAUUAUUAAAACUUCGAUUAAUUCGGCUUUGAGUAGCACAGGCAAAUCUAUCAAAUCAGGUAGAUAGCGAACAUUGAACGCUUUUUAGUUAAAAAAAAAAAAAAUGGUUUGCUCGAAAUUAAUUGAUCACUCGAGGCUACUUGUCUCGCUGUGGACAAUUUCAUAAGUUGAGUUUAUCUUCUAGUUCAGAAUUUUAUUUCUUCGGUAGCUGCUUUGCCGUAGAUCACUCGUAGACUUUGUAGAAAUGCACACACGCAUAUAUAAGAAGCCUGUCUUAUCUUUUAACGGAUCUUUUUAAUUUUAAAAUCAUCUCUUCCAGUUUUUAGAUAGUUAGAGCUUUGCAUUUUAAUUUACUGACAAAUGUUAUCUUCCUUAUGGUAGAAGAUUUACGACAAGAGUGUAUCAAGAUAUCUUUGAUCCUAAUAUCAUUGGCAACAAAAUAUCUUUGAUUUCAAUGUCAUCGCUGGAUUAUAAAUUUUUAAUGGAUUUAUGGGAAAUUUAAAAUUGUAAAAAUACAUAGAAUGCGCGUAGCACGCGAAAAUAUACAAAGUAGAGGUUUACAAUGCUUGGUAUACGAAAGAAAUUUCUGCUUGUAAAUUCGCAAUCCAGUUAUCAGUAACGAUAUCAAAAGAUCUUGUAGAAAGACGAAAAAGACAUUUUCUUUUGUCACUUCGUUAUUCCGCAACAUUUUAUACAUAACUCGUAUAUCAUAUAUAUAUAUAUAUAGAAUAUAAUA